CUUCCCUUUCAUUUGUCCAAUCAGAUUGCACGUUACUUUGUUGUCGUACGUAAACUGGGCGGAAGUGAAUGCACCGUCGAGCGGAGAGGCUAAUCUGCUUGAAAUCAACACAACAAGAUGGAAGUGGAGCAGCUCCUGUCUCUGUCUGGACCUGCACUGGCCCAGGCUGUCAGCUCUCUGCUGGAGACGCCUGGUCUCUACGUAUUCUCCGACAUCCUGGAGCUGCCCAACGUCAGAGAGCUGGAGAACAGUCCUCAUGCACCCAUGUACCAGCUCCUCAACCUCUUCGCCUAUGGAACCUACUGCGACUACAAAGAGAGAGAGGCCUCUCUCCCAGAGUUGACCCCCGCCCAGAGAAACAAACUUCGCCAUCUGUCCAUCAUCAGCUUGGCUUCCAACCUCAAGUGUCUGCCGUACUCGCUGCUGCUGCAGCAGCUGGAGCUGAAGAACGUGCGCGAAUUAGAGGACCUGCUCAUUGAGGCCGUCUACUGCGACAUCAUCCAGGGCAAGCUGGACCAGCGGAACCAGCAGGUGGAGGUGGACUGCAGCGUGGGUCGUGACCUCGGCCCCAACGAGCUCCCUAACAUCGUUAACACGCUGCAGGAGUGGUGCACAGGCUGCGAGGCGGUGCUGUGCGGCAUCGAAGAGCAAGUCUCUCGGGCAAACCAGUACAGAGAGAGCCAGCUGAAAGUCAAAGUUCAAGUGGAAACCGAGGUGUCAAACUUACAGAAAACACUGAAAGCCAGUGCCGCCUCACCAUCUUCAGGCCCUGCCCCCGCCGGAGCAGCAUCCAAUCAGGAUGCGGACCAGCCGGCCGAACCGCGGGAUCCCGCCUCCUCUCAGGAACCGCGACAGCCGGGCAAAAAAAGUUCUAAAGUGAAAGGGCUGCGAGGCAGCGGAAAGAUCUGGUCCAAGUCCAACUGAAGACGUGAGAAUCAGCAGCACUGAGCGACACUCACUGGAUUUGUUGUGGGACAAAAGCGUUCAACUGAGGGACACCCUUUCCCCAGGCACGUUUUUUUUUUUUAAGUCACCUAAUCUCACCUUGAUGGAUUUGCAGACGCGGGCAUAGCGACGUCCCGUCCUGCUGCUCUUAAGCGAUUGAACAAGAAGGGACAGCCGGUUGCCUUUGCCCAUAAGCAAGAGCUUAUCUGAUGCAUUUUGAUGUGUGUGUGCUUUUUAUUGCUUUAAACGUGAUCCUUUUGGCUUUUUCCUUCCCCCGAGUUGAGAAAUGUAUCAGAUCUUGAAUGGAAAAUGUUGGCAAAUAAAAAAAAGAAAAAGAAACUUGCACCUAA